AUGCAAGGCUAUACUAUCAACACGCGGGCGUACAAGACUGUCCACAACCAACCGAUCUAUGUGGACGUUUAUACAGUCGACCCCCCGAGCCCUUCCCCUGUUCUUCUCUGGUUUCAUGGGGGAUACAUUAUCACCGGCGACCGCACCGCAAUCCCACCGUGGCUCGUUAAUGCUGCCUUUAAGCGACGCUGGACAAUCGUCUCGGCGGAUUACCGGUGUCUUCCUGAAUCAACAGGCCUAGAGCUGAUCGAAGACCUCCGAGACGCAUAUAGCUAUGUUGCGCAGAAUUUAAACGUCGAAGUUCCUUCCCUGAUUAACCCGAAGCCGUGCAAAUAUGGGUCUGAUUCCUCCCCCGCAGCUAUACUGGCUUUGUAUCCCAUGUCGAGCCCUUGCUCAGAGAGAUGGACUUCAAAGGGCCUCCGAUGGGAUGAAGGCCUAUCUGCUUCCGAAACGGCGGAGACGGCUGCGGAUAUCGAACGGAGGCUUACAGCGCAAGAAGUAAGCUUCGGCGAGGCGUUUCCCAAGAACGAUGACAUAAAGACACAUAAGCGCUGGAAUACUCUCCGGUAUAUUCUUGAGCAAGCGCGGUUUGUCGACUAUCUCACUGGCGUGCGAGGACUAGGAGCCAGAAUCGCUGACGGAGGACCUGAAGCUAUUCCCGCGCACCUGCGGGUAUUGUUUCCUACGAAUUUCGCCAUCACAAGUGAGUUUCCGCCAUUGAUUCUUGUACAUGGAACCAUGGAUAGAGAUGUACCGGUUGCAGAUGGAGAGGCCUGGGUUAAUAAAUGCCGCGAGGUUGGGGCUAGGGUUACUUAUUACCCCGUGGAGGGCAUGGACCAUGCAUUCGAUAUAACCUACGACACUGUUGAGGAGGAAGACCAAAGUGAUGACCCAGGAAAAACUGCUCUGUUCAAAAGUCUUAAGGAUCUUGACAUGUUAAUUCGUUGA